UCAGAUAGCAUCUGUAUGAGUAUCAUCUUAUCUCUUUCUAGUGUUACCAGUUUGUUAAUUUUAUAUGAAGUGUUUAAUUGUGAUAAUAGUUAAACUUUGAAAAUUUAUUAUAUAUAUAUUUUUGAAAAUGUCUAAUUUUCACAGAAUUGAAGUAAAUAAAACGGUGUGGGAAGUGCCUGAUAGAUAUCAAUCGCUAUCCACUGUAGGUUCAGGUGCAUACGGACAAGUUUGUUCGGCAUUAGAUACACAAACAAAUAAAAAAGUAGCAAUAAAGAAAUUAGCCCGUCCCUUCCAGACAGCAGUCCAUGCCAAGAGAACCUACAGAGAAUUGAAGUUACUGAAACAUAUGAGGCACGAAAAUGUAAUAGGACUGUUAGAUGUAUUUUAUCCAAAACACGAUAAUAGUCAGAUAUAUUUAGUCACUCAUCUAAUGGGUGCGGAUUUAAAUAAUAUAAUAAGAACCCAAAAACUUACAGACGACCAUGUUCAAUUUCUAGUAUACCAAAUCCUUCGUGGCCUGAAGUACAUACACUCUGCGGGAGUUAUACAUCGCGACUUAAAACCAUCGAAUAUAGCUGUGAAUGAAGACUGUGAAUUGAAAAUUUUAGACUUUGGAUUAGCAAGGCCUACAGAAACUGAAAUGACCGGUUAUGUAGCUACUAGAUGGUAUAGGGCACCAGAAAUUAUGUUGAAUUGGAUGCACUACAAUCAGACUGUAGAUAUUUGGUCAGUUGGCUGUAUAAUGGCAGAACUAUUAACUGGAAAAACAUUAUUUCCAGGAACAGAUCAUAUUCAUCAGCUCAAUCUCAUAAUGGAAAUUUUAGGAACACCUUGUGAAGACUUUAUGCAAAAAAUUACUUCAGAAAGCGCUCGAAGCUAUAUCAGGUCUCUUCCACAUAUGCCUAAAAAAGAUUUAAAUAAAUAUAUACUUGGUGCUAAUCCAUUAGCAAUAAAAUUGCUAGGUCUUAUGUUAGAACUAGAUAGUGAGAAAAGAAUAACGGCCGAACAAGCUUUGGCACAUGACUAUUUGGCAGCUUAUGCAGAUCCAAAUGACGAGCCUACCUCAGCGCCUUAUGAUCAAAGUAUUGAAGACAUGAAUUUGCCCGUAGAGAAGUGGAGAGAGUUGGUGUUACAAGAAGUGGAUUCAUUUGUGUACAAGCCUCCGCAAAAUGAUGAAUAGUUUGGAGAAAAAGGAUCUAAUUAUUCAAUCUAGAAUUAUUGUACAAAUAUAUUUACAAUAUUGUAUUUUAUUUGGCCUAAAUGGAAUUAUAUAAAAGUGGGUUUCUAAAAUCUUAUGUACAUGAGCGAUUAUAAUACAAAAUGUUCGUUUUUUAAUAUUAAAAUACAAAAUAAUAAUUUGAUUAUUUAGGGUGUGAUGUGAUGUAUUCUUUCUCAUUUCUAAGCUAAUAGAUUAUACAAUUAUUUAUAUAAAAUAAUUUAACUUAAUAUAAAAUACUGUUUAUAAUAAAGAAUUAUAAACUAAUCACAA